AUGUCCUACGCCUCCGUCGCCGCUCAGAAUGCUCCCCCGCCUUCCGCUCAGCCCCAUCCCGAUCCCGCUCUCCUCAACACAACCGCUCCCUCCGCAGACAACAUCGCAGACGAUGCCGCCAAAGUGAACCUCGUCGCCCCAGACUUUACGUCUCAUCCACAAACUCUCACCUCCCUCGACGCUCCCCGCCCUCAGACCGUCCAAGGCCCGCCAUCCCCCCGUCCCACCAAUGACGUCCGUGACUCCCACGACGACCUAUGGCAACUCACAAAGCACUACCUCUUCCAUCCCGCCGUCGCAGGUGGCUCACUCGGCUUGAUCAACGUCGGCCUCAUUUCCGGGGCCGGUUAUCUCUACUACUCCAACCCUCGCUUCCGCACCGACACCAAGCUCAUCGCCUCCACCGUCGCCGCUGCCCUCUCUCUCGGUGCCGCCCAAUCCUACGCUGCCGAGCAGUACCGCAAGACUCCCGCAGGACAAGAGGAAGAGCGAACGGCCAAGCUCGAAGGCGCUGCCCUUUAUCGCUCUGCCCACGAACACUUCCUCAGACCUGCCGUCCUUGGCGGUCUCCUCGGUGUCUUGAACACCGCUGUCCUUGGCACUCUCGGCUAUUUCGCCUACGCGAACUGGGAUAGACCUCACUGGGAUAGGCGCACCGUAGCCAGCAUCUCCGUUGCACUGCUCACCUUGUGGUCUGGCGAAGCAUAUCUCGCUGAACGCACUCCUCGCUGA